UUAUGGGUAAGUAUUUGUUUGAAUGAGAAAGGGUCAGUCUUUUACCCCUCUAGGCAAUGUAAGAGGUUUUUUUUUGACCUACCCCUCCCUAAAUAGUUGAGCUCGAGAGGUUGGCGCUAAUGUUCAAAUAGAAGAACUUUCAAAAUGGCGACAAAGUCACAAAAAGACUGGGUUUCUCCUCACAAGGUAUCUCUUUUGAUUUUCAUCAAGCUCAUAGGCUCCACCGAUGAGGAAGACGAAGAAGAUUUAGAAUGUAUGAAAAGAUGCAGAUAUAAACUAUCCUUGCUUUUAUUGGAAUUGUUUGAGACUCCAGAUUUGGAAUUAAACGAGUUGUGCAAGCGGCUUACUGCGGUGGAUGUUGGCCUUAAGGAUCUGCUUCUGAAAAGCUUACAAAACUGUGUGAAGACUGGAGUGUCUGGCCUUUCAGAAUUCUUUCAGUCACUGGAGGACCUGUUAACUGGACAAGAGCCUGCUUUGCAUAAGAAGAGCCUGUUUGGUCUUUUCACAAGACGAAUGACUUUAUCAUUUAACAAGAUGACAUUUGGUCAAGCGAGUCAUUUUGUGGAUCAGAUGAAAGUUUAUAUGGGGACAGAAACAUUUAAACAUAAUGCAGAUGAGGAGGCAUUGGAUACCAGUUUAGAUGUUAGCAUGCAGAGUACAGAAAACGAAGAUGAAGGAAAAGUUAUCAACAUGUCUAGAAAUCCUGUCCUCCAUGGUCCAGUUACAAACAGGCAAGCAGAAUUUUUUCUGGCUAAUCAGGUGUCUCUGAUACAGACCACUGAACAAGAAGCCCUAUCACCCCCUGAAUUGCAGUUAAGGAUAGCAGAUAUUUUAACAGCUUCUCCUGACAUUGCUGAGACUCACUAUGCAACUUUUCUCAACUGUCUAAGAGCCAAGGAAUUUAAGGGAGCACUUGACAGUCUCUAUCAUUAUUUUGAUCAACAACAAUGGCACAGGGAGUCAGCCAUAAAAAUAGCCUCAAGUUCGGAAGGAACAGAGCCUGAGAGGUGCCACAGAUUCAGAUAUGCUGCCUUGAACCUGGCUGCACUCCACUGCCAAUUUGGUCACAGGGAAGAAGCACUAGCAGCUUUGAAGGAAGCCAUUCAAAUUGCACAGGAAACCAAUGAUCAUGUUUGUUUGGAGCAUUGUUUGGGAUGGCUUUAUCGCUUAGAAAUGGAUGGCAGUUCUCAAGCAAAGCUUUUGUUGGACAGAUUUGUUGCAAGGGCUGCUGAGCUCAAAAUUCCUUACUUGACUUCUCUUGGAAUGUUGAAUCACUGUCAGUAUGAUGCCAUGGCUGGAGUACCACCUCCUAAAGUUCUACAAAACCUUACCCAAAUCAAUAUCAUCAACUCUCAGAAGGCAUUAGGUGACUUGAACUCUGCAGCACAUGUCCAACAGGCAGCUAUUUGGCAGAUCUAUGGUAAAAAUUGUAUUGCAAGUAUCUUCACCCAGUUUGCACUUCAUCAAAAUGCUUCAGCCAGCAGUGACUUAAUGACAUCUGUUAGUAGAGGUGCAGCUGGUAUACAAAGUGCAGAGGCCACAUGUCUGUCACUGUGUAGUCUUGCAGAACAACAUGCUGACAGAGGAAUGUUUCAAGAGGCCUCAGAUAUCCUAUCAUUUUGCAGAACAAAGUUUCCUGAACAUUCUAGGUUAUCUCAGCUAUGGAUGACAACAGGAGCUAUCAUAGAUCACAAUAAAGCUUUACUUCAAGGUAACAUGGAGAGAGCAAAAGCGUGUGUUGAACAAUUAGCAGCGCUAGAUGAACCUGAGGCCGAGUAUAGGUCCGCUUUGAAUUUGCUUCACUUAGGAGACUACACCACAGUAUUUCCUAGGUUAGAGAAGCUACUUGAAAGCUCAAGAGACAAGGUGUUCCUUAAUGAUGAGAAGAAAUCAGCUGCUGAAUACAAAGCAAGAAUUCUUUUAGCCCUAACGCAGCUCUUUUUGUUGCUGAGUGACCCAGUAUCUGCAUUGCCUCACGCCCUUGACUGCUUGACCACCUCAUGUUCACACUUCAUGGACAACUCCGCUGCUUUAGCCUCACUUUACAUUGCACAAAUCCAGCUAUCUUUAGGUUUACCAGAAAAAGCUGUGGCUCUGAUCAAGAGAACCAUGGUUCAGAUCCUAUCACAUGGUUCUUUGUACGUGCAGUGCUGUGCUCGGUUUUUGUUGGUCAAGUGUCAGCUGACUGCCUCAUCGCAAAAUCAGGAUAAGAGCCGCCGUGAAACUGACUUGCGUUCUGCUUUGCCGACGCUGGAAAGGAUCGUGAAAGGAUUUAGAAAGUUAGGGGCUGCCGACAAAACCAGAGAUGUCUUAUACUUUCAGGCGAGGAUAUACGAUGAGCUGGGUUUCACCAUCGAGAGAAAUGCCUGUGCAGCUGAGUGCUGUGAAAUCAUCCAAAGACAACCAGCAUACAGCGCCCGGUCUUCACUGUUUGUUUUAUAAGUAGAUAUCGUUUUAGCAGUUGAGAAAGCAUAGCAAGGAAUUGCAAGCGUGGUGUUGUUAAGGAAUUGUCUGCUGGACAAAUAAACAAGGAAACAUUGUUUUCAUUAAUGAGGGAAAUUUAGUUUAAUAUUAUCCCUGGAAUAACAGGUGUGUACAAAACAUACAGAAACUUUUUAAUAACCCAUAAAUUGCUGCUGUACAGUUGUUGCUUAAGAAACAAAAGAAACAUCUCAUUGCUUUA